UCCAACUCUUGUUUUAGAUAAGUUAAGAACAAGCUGAGAAAAAGCUGACUCAGCCACCUCCAAUCUGGUUCUGAGCUGGUUAUUGUCAUCAUGAGCAGCAGCUAGAUCUUCAUCAGCAGUAGCGUACUCCGGAUUCCAGCCACGAGUCCAGUCAUUGCUCUUGCUCCCCUGUGGUGAAAGGUGUGAACUCCUUUAUCUGACUCUGAUGUAGGACUAUGAUUUCAUGGUUCUGUGAUGUUUCAUCAUAGUAGCAGUAGGAGGCAGGAAGCUGCUUACUUUAGUCAAAUCGAAAAGGUGACGGGCGUUUUCUGUUUCUGUUCUGUAUCACAAUUCGCGACACGUUCGGAGCGCAGCGCCUGCUGGCCGAGUCAACAUCUCAGGUUAAGGUGAGGAGGACGGCGGUGCCGGAGUUCGGGAAGAAGAUCUACGGGCUUCAAGGGAUGGCCCGCGGGCUUGGACGACGCCAUGACGGUGCUUGCGCGCGGCGGCGUAGUGACAAGGGCGCUGCCGGAGCGACAAAGGAUGGCCGGCGGUGGCGGUAGGCUGCCGGACUGGCCCGAGAGGUGGAAAAGCGCGGCACGACGGCGAGGGAGGCCGAGGACGGGGCGCCGAUCGCUUGUCUUUACGGCUAAAAAUUGUGCACUAAUCCCGGCGACGGAGGCGGACGACGCGACGGGACGCCGAUCAAGACGCUUCAUUUUUUUUUUUGUGUUUAACGAUAGGUCGGCCAUCUCCGUUCCUACACAUUACACAAGUCAGGUGUCGUCGUUCUAGUCACCUCGAGCUCCAGAAGCUCCGUCUCAGUCCUCAGCCCAGUCACCUCUGACACGUGCCGCCCCCCCGCCACACGUGUCCGCACGCGAGCAGGCCUCGCAUGUAUUUAGAACGCCUCUCGCGAUCGCCCUCAUCUCAGAGGCUCGAUCGCCGCGCCCGCAGACCAAGCAACAAAUCGGCCGGAAAUCGAGCAGCCUCUGUCCGGGGAUCGCAUCGGCCAUGGCGGCCGCCGCGCAAGAAGGCCUGACCCACCGCGUGGCCGCCAGGGACGACGACAGGGCCGCGGUCGCCGGCGGCGCCAGCCGGGACCCGGGCUCGAGGAAGCCGGGCGCUGGCAGGCGCGGCCUCCGGUCGCUCGCCGCCGCGGUGUCCCUCGCCGCCGGGCUCACCGCGCUGUCCUUCUUCGGCGCCUCGUCCUCCUCCAACUCCUCGGCGCCCGGCAAGGCGGCGCCGGCGGCGACGGUGGCGAUCGUGCGGGCCGGGUCGGUGGCGGCGGAGGCGGUGCUGGCGCUGGCGGCGUGGAUGGCGUGGGCGGAGGGCGGGCUGCACGCGAACCCGGCCGCCACGCUGCUCCCCUACGCGGCGCGGCUGGCGUGCGCCCUGGCGUGGGCGCCGCUCGUGCUGGGCCACGGCGCGGCGCUCGCGGGCCUCGCGUGCUGCGCGGGCAUGGCCGCCGGCGCCGUGGCGUGCGCGCGCGGGUUCGGCGCCGUGAACCCCGUCGCCGGGGACCUCGCCAAACCCGCCGUCGCCUGGGCCGUACUCCUCGCCGUCGUCAACUACAAGAUGCUCUGAGGCUGAGCCGGCUCCUCCGUCCCGCCUAGAACUGAACUCGAUCUCUUCUCUCGUGUGUGCUGUUCAUGUUCCACCGUGUGCAGGCCUCUCUCUCUGAGUGCACAGUAUUUUGUUGUGUGGACACGUUUGUAUUGUAUACUCAAUACUGUAUGUACUGGUGUGUUACGUAUCAUCUGUUCCUGCAUAGAGUAAUCCUACAUGCGAAAAGUCUGUAGAUAGCCCCCGCCUCUCCCCACGCUCGGAGCCCUAGAGCCGCCGCCGGGCGUCUCCCGCCUCCACACCGCUUGGUCUCCCUCCCUUUCUCUUCGGCGUCUCGCAGGGAGUGGGGAUCCAUCGUCCAGUAG